GAGACCUAACCCCGAUCUUCCCAGGGUCCCUGCCGCGGAGUGUGUGGAGCCGCUGGUUGGCUCUGCUCUGGCGGCGCGGGGGUUUCCGGGGCCUGGGACCCGGUUCCGACCUGGCUUCCCGGGAUGUCGGUGGCCUUCGUACCGGACUGGCUGCGAGGCAAGGCGCAAGUCAAUCAGGAGACCAUCCAGCGGCUCCUGGAGGAGAAUGACCAGCUGAUCCGCUGUAUCGUGGAGUAUCAGAACAAAGGCCGGGCGAACGAGUGCGUCCAGUACCAGCAUGUGCUACACAGAAAUCUCAUUUAUUUGGCUACCAUUGCAGAUGCCAACCCAACCAGUCCUUCAAAAGUGAUGGAAUGAUCUUCCAGGUGGCUGUCGUGAGGAGUAAUGCAUUUCCUAUGAAACAGGCAGGAUCUUUACCAACUCCACUGCUGAAAACAUGAAGGAAAUCUCUGUGUCUCUUUUAAGUGUGAAAAUGUGAAGAACUAAAAUAACUGUAUUUCCAUGUAAAUAUUUAUUUUAAUAAUUAAGCAGAGUCCCGCAA